AUGGCCAGCCAAAUACCAGAAGAGGUACACAUCCGGCAUUGCAUGCUCUUUGAGUUUCGCAAGGGAAAUAACGCAACAGUUGCUACCAAAAACAUUUGCGAUGUUUAUCCAAAUGCACUGGACAUUCGUAAAUGCCAAAGGUGGUUUUCCAAGUUCAAAUCGGGUAAUUUUGAUCUUUCCGACUCGUAUCGAUCAGGAAGACCAUCAGCGUUAGACAAUGACGUGUUAAGGGCGGAAGUGGAAGCAAAUCCGUGUCAGACGAUCGAGAAAUUGUCGAACAGUCUCAACAAACCUGUGUCGACCAUCCAAGAACAUUUGAAGCAGAUUGGGAAAUGUGAAUUUUCAAGUUUAAAACCUCAAUCGUUGAAUCCGAACCUGGUGACCCUAUUCGUAGCUCCCUGGUACCACGCCAUGGGUCUCAUAGGGUCAUUGAGGGUCUUUGCUACAGGAACUUUGCUACUGUACUUGCCGAAAUUCCAAUGUGAUCAGUAUUUAGAAACAAUAGAAAAAUACAAGGUAGGCCAGCUAGUGGUAGCGCCGCCUGUGUUCGUAAUUCUCUCCAAAUAUCCUUCUAAAUAUGACGUCAGUUCAGUUGUAGCAGCUUAUUCCGGUGCUGCUCCUCUGAAGAAGGAAACUAUCGAAGCUGCUAAGAAAAGGUUUCCGAACUUGAAGUACGUGUGCCAAGGUUACGGAAUGACAGAGACUACAUUUUCUAUAGCCAGAGACACUUACGAGGCCGCACAUCUUAGUAAAAUUGGUGGUGUUGGAAGAAUCGGUACCUGCGUCGAUAUAAAGGUUGUGGACAUAGAAACAAGACAGCCAUUAGGACCAAACUGUAAGGGAGAAAUAUGUGUAAAAGGUGCUCUGGUGAUGAAAGGUUAUGUGGGAAAAGAUCGAGGGAAUGAUUUUGAUGAUGAAGGCUUCUACAAGACAGGCGACAUCGGUUACUAUGAUGAAGACAAAUACUUCUUUAUCGUGGAAAGAUUGAAGGAACUCAUCAAAUAUAAAGGUUAUCAGGUGCCACCGGCUGAAAUCGAAGCAGUAUUAAUACAACACCCUGAUAUACUAGAAGCUGGGGUGGUGGGUGUUCAACAUGAGGCAGGAGAAGUCCCACUAGCAUUUGUAGCGCGACGACCGGGAAGCAAUCUCACUGUAGAAGAAGUCAAAAGCUUUGUAGCUGAAAAGUUAUCUAACCCGAAACAUCUUCGUGGAGGAGUAAGAUUUGUUGAGGAAAUACCAAAAAAUCCAAGCGGAAAGAUAUUGAGAAAGAAACUCAGAGAAAUGCUGAAGAAUAAAAGCAAACUGUGA